CAUCCCUCACCACGCGCAUGCGCAUCCCCACCAUACGCAUCCCCAUCGUGAUUUACCUCGGGCAUCGAUCAAGGAGAGACCACUCCGGCGUUAGACGUUAGGGGUGUAGGUUCGAGUUUUCUCAGAAGCCAUUUCCGAGACUUUCCUAACCUAAUCGUUGGAGAAGAAAGAAGCUGUGUGUGGACAUAGAGUUUGUGAUCGUGAUUCGUGCACCGAGAUGCCGAAGAAAUCGAACAAGACACCGUCCUGGGACAGUCGUGGCGGCGGCGCAGCCCCUCCUCUGGACAACAAGCGUUACGAUAAGCAUUAUUUUGCUCAUGACAACCGUAAUGCAAGACGUAUUUUGGAUCCUUAUGACGGUACUAGACUCCGAGUAUCGUUCAAGACUCAGAGGCCGGUUAACAAGCAGAUUAGGCGUAAUUUGGUGAAUUUGGACGAAGAUAUCCCAAUGACGACGACUUCCAAUAACAAUACAAGGCAGGUGACUAUCCGAGAGAGAGGACGUGGAAGUGGAAGCAGAGGAAGGAAUAGCCCUCUGCCAAGCAGAAAUUUCCAAGCGGGGCAGUUUAUCGGGCAGAUGAGAAUGCGAACAAAUCGAUUGGGCGAAUCCGAUUGGUAUAAAAUUAGCAUACCAUAUGGUCACAAGUAUGAGAAGGACUAUGUCAUAAGGAAUCUAUUGAACUACAUGGCGCCUGAAGUAUUUGUACCUAUUACUUAUAAAGUAAUGGACAACAUUGCUUCCUUUUACGUUGACGAUCAGAAGGCAGCGAUCGCAUUGGCAAAUUGCGACCGCAAACUCACGAUGACUGAUGGCUUCAAACUGCAGAUAAAAGUGAAGCCGGGAUUCCCGCAGUGUGAGAUUGAUGAGAAACUGAAAGAACGUUUGAAGCAAGCUAUGGCGAAGCGUUACAUAGCUGACACGAAUGCCUUGGAUUUAUCGAAGUUCCAUCAAGAUCAAGAUCUUGUUUCUGAUUAUUUUUGCGCAUUAUUUCGUCCCCCACUGUUGAUGGCAGUGUUAGAUAUUGUGGGUCAACAUAUACCGACGCUGGAGGCUUUAAAUUUGGAAGGCAAUAAGAUCCACAUAAUCCAAGGGCUCAACGUUCUGAGUAAGAAGUUUCCAAAGUUGAAGAUACUUUAUAUUGGUGACAAUAAGAUCCGGGAAAUGAACCAACUGGAUGUUCUGAAAGAUUUGAAAUUGGAUGAAUUGCGAUUACAAGGCAAUCCUGUUUGCAAGAAAUACAGAUCUCGGCAGAACGAUUACGUUAGUGACGUCCGGAAACGGUUUCCGAAGCUAUUGCGAUUGGAUGGAACGGAGUUACCGCGACCAAUCGUGUUUGACGUGGUUGAUGAAGCGGCCAAAGCGCCACCGCCGCAGAGGAUGUAUGCCUCGAGUCAGAAUGCGCAUGAGAUCGCCAGCCAGUUCCUUCAACAAUAUUUCACGAUAUUCGACAGCGACACUCGUCAGCCGCUGUUGAAUGCGUAUAACGAGCACGCGUGCUUUAGUUUAACGAUCACGUAUACGCAUUUAAAAUUGAACGGUUAUCUCGCUGAAAACCGAAAUUUAUUCCGAGUGAAUGACAGCACUAAGAGAAUCAAAUUGUUGAAGAACGGUAAAUUACCUGUAGUAUCGUUCCUCUCGGAGAUGCCGCAGACCAAGCAUCUUCUCGAUACUUUCACGAUGGAUAUCACGUUACCAACGCCGACGAUGAUGUUCGUAACGUUGACGGGCUAUUUCCAAGAAGUCAAUACUAAGGAGGAGCCCAUUCGUUAUUUCAAUCGGACCUUUGUAAUAAUCCCAGAAGGUACCGGAUACUGUAUUUGCAACGAACAAAUACACAUCAGUCAGCCGACUGAUGCACAGCUGAAGCAGCUGAAGAGUCAGUUGAGUCAAAGCGGACAGCCUGCAUCACUAUUGCCGCGAGACUCCGUGGAGCAGCAACAAGUGUCAAUGGUGCCGCAAGCAGUCAUAGAACAGCCAACUCCAUUGGUGCCACAAAUGCCGACCGAAGUCGAAGCGGCCAAGCCUAUGGAGACAGCUGAAUUGAGUGAAGAGAUCAAGCAGCAGAUGGUGGUCACGUUGAGUCAGCAAACGAACAUGAAUUUGCAGUGGAGCUUGAAGUGCUUACACGAGGUACAGUGGAAUUAUAAUAACGCGCUCUCUGCAUUUCAGAAUUUCUUUAAGCUUGGUCAGAUACCGCCGGAGGCGUUUGCGAAGUAAAUGCAGAGAGCAACCACGUCGCAGCACGACAAGCUCUUGCAUUCUCGUUCCUUUGCGCGGUAUUUCGCGCGGAUUUCCCUCUUUGUAAAUUUUCCAUUGAAAUUUGGGGCCUCCAAGUGUUCGCUAUUCGCGAAAAUCUCGUAUUAAACCGUCGUCAAACUCCGCAAAAAUGAAAAAAAAAAAUACAAAAAAAAUAGGAGUAUAGCAGAGGGAAAUUUAAUUAGCGAACACUUGGGAAUUUUUCUUUUUAUUUUAUUUAUUUUUUUUUUAAUAUUUCACUAAUGAUGAUAAAU